GCUGACACAUUCAAAAUCUGUGGUGGUCGUGGAGUGUUGAACUUUUAGUGAGAUUAGAGAAAUGAAUCCUUCAGGACGUGUCUUCUUCAGCCUGUUGGGGUUACUGAACUAUUUUAGUGGACAGAUUCUGGCCAGCGAUGCCUUGUUUCGAAAUGGCGAUGAUCGAGUAGCUGACUCAUCGAAAAGGGCUGCGUCAUGGUUGUUGAACCGUCGUAAUAGGCAAUGGCAUUGGGGUCGUUUGGUCAAUUCUCAAGCUCUUUUAGCUCUUUCCAGAUCUGAAGUCUUCAAUUCAUCUCUACCUGAAUUUCAAUUGGCCAUUAAACAAGUAGAAUUAGACUUUCUUCUAGAUCGAUUAAGGCAUGGAGAGUUGGAAUUGUAUUCAGACAGGUUAAUUCCACUCGCUGUAUCACUCACUUCACUUUGUCAUAGUCCAACUCAUUAUUACGACUAUGAUUUGUUGGAUGGACUAUUGGACUACAGGAGAAAGACGAACAAUUUUACGUUUGCUAUGGAAAUGCUGGCCGUUUGUGGUGGGGACGGAGUCAUUCGACGGGUACACAUCCGCCGAUUAGUAUGGCUACUCAAUCCAAAAAUGUGGACUAGUCCAUCAAUAAGUUUCGAUACCUUGUCCAUGGUGCUCAUGGCAACUGGAUGUAUUGCUGAGCAUUAUGGUCAUCCAUACCUUUUGCCAUUUGCGGAUAAAAUAGCAGAGGUCCUCAUCAGCAAACAAGAACGCGACGGUUCGUUUGGCAAUAGAAACAUCAUCUCCACUGCCAUGGCCAUCGAAGCCUUGCAAAUUCGUGGAUUGUCUGUUAACGUCGAUCCAACAAUUCGAGCUUCAAUUGAUUGGUUGAUAUCCAAUCAAAUGGAGGACGGUUCCUUCGAUUCCGACUUGAUGGCAACAAGUGAAGUUCUUCUAGCUUUGUCACCGAAGGGCGGUAGGUCCUAUGUACACAUAAACCAAUGUCCACGAGAAGUAACGGCAUCUAGGAAUCCAAUGCCCAAUGACGUUCCAAUUCAAAUCCAAAUUUGGAUCGGAGAACAGCCUUCUGUAAAGCGCCAGACUUUUCAUCUUCAAGUGCCUGUCAAUUCAACCGUCUACGAAGCUCUUCUGAUUGCCCAGGCUGAUGGAUUACUCCGUUUUGAAACGAGAGAGUAUUCGUUUGGACAUUACCUGCUAUCGAUAAACAACACGAGUGAAGUGUACGAUGCUUCCAAUGUCCACCAAGGCUGGGUGAUCUAUAUCCUCCCAUCAGCUGCUCAAGGUAAACCGGAUGCUAAAUAUCAGAUGAAGAAAUCCAUAUCAUCCUACAGGAUCACGAGUGGAGAUGGCAUUUUGUUCUGGUACCGAAAUCUAAACCGCGAGUAAUUGGAGUGAAUUGAUGGGAAUAAAAGAAUUGAAACAA